UACCAGUAAACCCUCUCUCUGAUCAACAUGAAAUGGCAAAGAACUUUUCAACAUCAUCAAUGACCUAAUACCAAAAAUGAAGACCAGCCCACAUCUCAACCUAGCCCUCUGGGGCUUCUUCUUCCUUCUCUCCAUCUUCUCAAAUCUCUCUCACCAAGCUUCUUAUUCUCCUCCACCCCUUCCAAACCCUAGACUUCAAAAUGCUUACAUCGCCCUCCAAGCAUGGAAACAUGCAAUCACAUCAGACCCUAAAGGGUUCACUUCAAACUGGUAUGGCCCAAAUGUUUGUAACUACACCGGAGUAUUCUGUGCACCAGCCCUAGAUGACCCUCAUGUCACUACAGUAGCCGGAAUUGACCUGAACCAUGCCGACAUCGCCGGAACUUUGCCGGAGGAUCUGGCUCUCCUCACUGACUUAGCUCUCUUCCAUAUAAACUCCAACCGCUUUUGUGGAACCCUACCAAACUGCUUCAGUAAGCUCCAUCUUCUCUAUGAGCUCGACGUUAGCAACAACCUCUUCUCCGGCGAGUUUCCUUCUGUUGUUCUUUCCCUUUCCUCUCUCAGAUUUCUUGAUAUUCGAUUCAAUGAUUUUGAGGGUAAAGUUCCAUCAAGCCUUUUCGAACUCAAACUCGACGCUUUGUUCAUAAAUAACAACAAUUUUAAUUCAUCUUUCCCUGAAAACAUUGGUAGUUUACCAGUUUCAGUGGUGGUUUUGGCGAAUAGCGAUCUUAGCGGUUGUUUGCCAUCGAGUAUAUCGAAAAUGGCCGGAACCCUAAAUGAGAUUAUUCUCAUGGGCAUGGGUUUGAGUGGAUGUCUGCCGGAAGAGAUAGGGCUGUUGAAGAAUGUGACAGUGUUUGAUGUGAGCAAAAAUGGUUUUGUUGGGACGUUGCCGGAGUCUAUGGGAGGCAUGAAGAGCUUGGAGCAACUGAAUGUCGCGUCUAACAAACUCUCCGGCGAGAUUCCGGCGAGUAUAUGCUCGUUGCCGAUGUUGCAGAAUUUCACAUACUCGGACAAUUACUUCUGUAGUGAACCGGCAACGUGCCUCAAAUUGCCGGAUAAAGAUGACCGGGAAAACUGUAUUCCGGGAAGGCCGGCACAAAGGUCAGCUGGAGAAUGUAAGGCCUUUUAUUCACAUCCUGUGGAUUGUGGUGCUUCUGGUUGUUCACCUAGGAGUCCACCACCUCCCCCACCUCCACCUCCACCUCCACCUCCGCCUCCACCUCCACCUCCGCCUCCACCACCGCCACCGCCGCCUCCCCCACCACUACAUCCACUGCCACCGCCAUAUUAG